CCAAGAUGAGAAGUCACCGGCUGCUCGCACUGACUGCAGUCCUCCUGAUUUUGGCAGAAGUCUUUUGCGAAGAGAUCUCUCCAAGUGAAGACACAUCACUUUGGCUUGCCAGAGACCACAGUCAGGAGAAGCGACUGAAAGAGAAAUCUGUUCGGGAGCUCCUGCGCCGAAUGAUCAGGAAACCGCCACCUGAGCAGUUCUUUGGCUUAAUGGGGAGGCGAUCACUAGGGAACAAGCCAUUGACUCGCAAAAGACAUAAGUUAGAGAGUUUUGUUGGACUCAUGGGAAAACGCUCAUCAGCUGCUGAUUCCCCUUCUGAGUGGAAGGCUGUACAAGACUUUGCUCAAAGACAUUAAUAAAACAUGAAAGAAUGAAGUUAAUUGGUUGGCAGUUAUUUUAGUUUGCU